AUGGCAGUGCCGGCGGCUUUGAUCCCUCCGACCCAGCUGGUUCCCCCUCAACCCCCAAUCUCCACGUCUGCUUCCUCCUCGGGCACCACCACCUCCACCUCCUCGGCGACCUCGUCUCCGGCUCCGUCCAUCGGGCCCCCGGCGUCCUCAGGGCCAACUCUCGGCGGCGGCGGCGGCGGCGGCAACUGCAACCCCAGCCUGGCGGCCGCGAACACCAGCAACAGCGGCGGCGGCAGUAUUAGCGGUGGUGGCGGCGGCGCCUCCAGCACCCCCAUCAACGCCAGCACCGGCAGCAGCAGCAGCAACAGCAGCAGUAGUAGCAGCAGCAGCAGCAGUAGCAGCAGCAGCAGCAGCAGCAGCAGCAGCUGCGGCCCCCUCCCCGGGAAACCCGUGUACUCGACCCCGUCCCCAGUGGAAAACACCCCCCAGAAUAAUGAGUGCAAAAUGGUGGAUCUGAGGGGGGCUAAAGUGGCUUCCUUCACGGUGGAGGGCUGCGAGCUGAUCUGCCUGCCCCAGGCUUUCGACCUGUUCCUGAAGCACUUGGUAGGGGGCUUGCACACGGUCUACACCAAGCUGAAGCGGCUGGAGAUCACGCCGGUGGUGUGCAAUGUGGAACAGGUUCGCAUCCUGAGGGGACUGGGCGCCAUCCAGCCCGGAGUGAACCGCUGCAAACUCAUCUCCAGGAAGGACUUCGAGACCCUCUACAAUGACUGCACCAACGCAAGUUCUAGACCUGGAAGGCCUCCUAAGAGGACUCAAAGUGUCACCUCCCCUGAGAACUCUCAUAUCAUGCCACAUUCUGUCCCUGGCCUCAUGUCUCCUGGAAUAAUCCCUCCAACAGGUUUGACAGCAGCAGCUGCAGCAGCUGCUGCUGCUACCAAUGCAGCCAUUGCCGAAGCAAUGAAGGUGAAAAAAAUCAAGUUAGAAGCUAUGAGCAACUAUCAUGCUAGUAAUAACCAACAUGGAGCAGAUUCUGAGAAUGGAGACAUGAAUUCAAGUGUUGGACUAGAACUUCCUUUUAUGAUGAUGCCCCACCCUCUAAUUCCUGUCAGCCUACCUCCAGCAUCUGUCACUAUGGCAAUGAGCCAGAUGAACCACCUCAGCACCAUUGCAAAUAUGGCGGCAGCAGCACAAGUUCAGAGUCCCCCAUCCAGAGUUGAGACGUCUGUUAUUAAGGAGCGUGUUCCUGACAGCCCCUCUCCUGCCCCCUCUCUGGAGGAAGGCCGAAGGCCUGGCAGUCACCCAUCAUCCCAUCGCAGCAGCAGUGUGUCCAGCUCCCCUGCACGAACCGAGAGCUCUUCUGACAGAAUCCCUGUCCAUCAGAAUGGGUUGUCCAUGAACCAAAUGCUGAUGGGUUUAUCACCUAAUGUCCUCCCUGGCCCGAAAGAGGGAGAUCUUGCUGGUCAUGACAUGGGACAUGAGUCAAAAAGGUUGCAUAUUGAAAAAGAUGAGACCCCGCUUUCCACACCAACCGCAAGAGACAGCCUUGACAAACUUUCUCUAACUGGGCAUGGACAACCACUGCCUCCAGGUUUUCCAUCUCCUUUUCUGUUUCCUGAUGGAUUGUCUUCCAUAGAGACCCUUCUAACUAACAUCCAGGGACUCUUGAAAGUUGCCAUAGAUAAUGCCAGAGCUCAAGAAAAACAGGUCCAACUGGAAAAAACAGAGCUGAAGAUGGAUUUUUUAAGGGAAAGAGAACUAAGGGAAACACUUGAGAAGCAGUUGGCCAUGGAACAAAAGAACAGAGCCAUAGUUCAAAAGAGGCUAAAGAAGGAGAAGAAAGCAAAGAGAAAAUUGCAGGAAGCCCUUGAAUUUGAGACAAAAAGGCGUGAGCAAGCAGAGCAAACGCUAAAACAGGCAGCUUCAACAGAUAGUCUCAGGGUCUUAAAUGACUCUCUGACCCCAGAGAUAGAAGCUGACCGCAGUGGCGGCAGAACAGAUGCUGAAAGGACAAUACAAGAUGGAAGACUGUAUUUGAAAACUACUGUCAUGUACUGAAUAUUUCCUGGUGAAGAAAUUCAUGUUAUGGUAAAGAAUUUUGCAGUUAGACAUUCAUCAUUGGAAAGUUUGGGAAAAAAAUAAAGUCCUUUUAAGGGAACUUCCUCAAUUUUGUGUAUUAAUAUUCUUCAAAAGUUUAAGUAUUCUACAAAAAAAAAAAGUUUCCUCCAUUGAUUUUCACCUGUGGUUCAUGCCAGAGAACUAAGAAUGUUUGUAAAUGUACAAGUAUCAAACUUCUUACAGUUGUUAACUGCAACUUUGCUGCUGGACACUUGCAUACAAAGUUAAAGCAGGUCCAGAUAAGACCGAACUUUGUUUUUUUAAUGGACCGAGCCAUUUUCUUCUCCUGAAAAUUCUGUAUAUGAGCACAUCAACAGACACUUAUAGCACUGCUCACCCAGACUUACAGAAUUAUGUCCUCCCAAAACCAGCAAGGACACUUGGAAAUGAGCUUGUAGGGGGCAUGGAGGAUUCCUGGGGCAGGGAAGAAAAAUCGAUAAAAUUAAGAGUAAUAUUCUGUUACAUUCCAUUAUAAACUCUGUAAUUGUGGGUUUUCUCCUGAAGAUUUUCUUUCCACAUACUUUCCAAAAGACCAACAAAUGGAAAUUGACAACAACCCAGUGAAAUAACAUUUUACAUAUCUAAAAAGAAGCAUUGAAUAUAAGCCAAAAUGUUUCACUUAAGGUCUUUUU